ACAUCUAACUUGGUCACCCCUCUUUAACCCAGUGGCACUAAUUAGUCCAUCCUUGACCAGCAAAAGUUUCUCACCUCAUUGAUAAAUGCUAGACAGUCCAGACAGAUUAGGUAGGAGGGUUUCACCAAGUGUUGUGAACUUGUGAUUAUAAAUAGCUGAGCCCUCUAGUUGUGCCCUUCACCACAUACCCAUCUCAGAGCGCGCAAAAGCCUUUCAGACCAAGAGAAGAGAACUAGCGUCAGAGUCGCAUACCUUGGGGAGAGUUUAUAAGGUAGCACCAGGACAACCAUCGGGCUCCAUUGAGAUCUUCAGGCAGAUCAUCAAGCAUCAUGCAGCGGUGGACUCGCAACGGGAUGCUGAACUUCUCUCAGCCGUCGGCGUCCCCGUUCGGCUUCUACGACCCCGGCCAUGGCGCGUCGAGCAGCCGCGGGCGGUGGCACGGCUGCCGGAGCCAGGACAAGGAGCAGCGCAACCUGGAGAAGAACCUGACCAAGGUGCGCAAGGAGUGGAUGAAGGUGAAGGAGGAGAUGGGGUACGCGAGGCUGCUGAGCGAGCACCUCAGCGAGACGGUGACGGAGGCCGACCGGAAGGUGGCCGCCAUGCUGGAGGAGCUCGACCGGACGGACAAGUAUAUGCAGGACAUACUGUCGUCGUCCCAGCAGAAAUGAACUAGCCAUGGUGGCAGAUUUUUUUUUUUGAGCCGGACAUUAUUUGUGUGUUUAGCUAGCUAGAGCUUCUCCUUUGGGGGAUUUUUGCCAUUUGGUAUUCUUGUAGAUGUCCAGGCCAGUACGGCCGGCGUGUAUGUACAUCAUAUGUAGUCGACGGGUCUGACAUAUAUAUGUUAUUCUUCAGUUCGCCUAUGUAUA